AUGGAGAAGAUAAUGAUGUUUGUCCUAUUGCUAGCUCUCAUCGCCACAGUCCACAGCUUGCCAAUCUCUCCCGAGCACUCUGCUGCCGUGGAAGGCCGUCAAGUCAAUGAAUUCUUGGAGACGAUCAAGGCAACAAUCACCGCACUUCAAGCCUUAGUCAACCAAGCCUCCACUACAGCUGCUGCUAUGCUACGUCUGGCAAUUGGGUUCCUCCAGAUUAUUGUUGACAGUGGUUUGACUUAG